CAUAUAAAAAUGUGUGUGUCGCGUGUGAAUUUUUAGUAUACAAAAUUCCAAUAAAAACUCAAGAACUAUUUUGUCCGUGAUAAGGUUAACAUAUAUAGUAAUCCGAAGUCAAUUUGGAACUCAAUAAUUGAAAGUAUAACUAGCAACUUAGUGGGAAUAAGUCGUAUUAUACGUUCAUACAUACACAUUAAUGUUCAUCUGUGCAUAUUCGUUUUUAUAGAUAUGUGUGUAAGAUUUCAAUGCACGCACUGCACGCUGUGUAAGUUGCAAGAUAUGCAAAUAUUUUUGAACGAAGAUCGAGAUGCAUUCAUUGGAUUCGUUGCAUCGAAAGCAGACUAAAAAAAUUUCAUAACUUGGAUACGUUUUGCAUAAUCGUAACGAGGUGAACAUAUAUUUGUAGGAUACAGAGUGUCAUAGAGUUUCAUAAAUAAGAAAUGCAAUCAAAGCACUACAGCUUCCGACUACACGAUAUAACAAAAAAUUGUCAUGAUACGGAUUUAUCCAAAAAUAAAGCCGCUUGCACACAAUUUUCAGUGCAGAUAAAACAGUCUCAAAUGCCGAACCCGAUGCCGCUGCAGUGCAAUAUUAGUGAGUCUCGACAGCUCAGUAAAUUGUCAAUUUUUCAGUUGAUAUGGAUAAUAUGCAUUGCAUAUCAAUUAAAUAUUGCCAACGCUGAUCAAGUUGUUUUGUUGGACACAACAAGGGAGGCUACUCUAGAAUGGACAAGAUACCCAUACGGUCCGCAGGCCCAAACCCCAGGCUGGGUAGAGGAAUCAUUUACAGAUUUUGUAAAAGGCAUUAACUGGCGGAGUUAUGUGGUUUGUGAUGUUGCCUAUCAUAAUGUUAACAAUUGGCUUUGGUCGCCAUUUAUUGACCGUGGUCCUGCUAACCGGCUAUAUAUAGAAAUACAGUUUACGAUUCGAGACUGUUCGCUAUUUCCAGGAAAUGCCUUGUCCUGCAAGGAAACGUUCAGUUUGUUAUUCUACGAAUUUGAUGCAGCAACUCGAGAGCCUCCACCAUGGCAAACUGACAGUUAUAAACUUAUCGCUAGAAUCGCGGCUGGUGAAGGACGCUUUAAUCAAAAUUCAGAUGUCGAUAUAAAUACCGAAGUAAAGAGUAUAGCUGUUAGCAAAAAGGGUGUUUAUUUUGCGUUCCGCGACCAAGGCGCUUGCAUAAGCGUCUUGGCAGUAAAAGUUUACUAUAUAACGUGUCCAGCUGUUACCGAGAACUUCGCCCAUUUUAACGAGACACCCACCGGCCGAGAGAUAACCAUAAUUGAGAAACAAAAUGGAACAUGUGUUGAGAACGCAGAGCCUUAUGAGGCACCAACCUACCUAUGUAAAGGGGAUGGAAAAUGGACUAUUCUUACGGGCGGUUGCCGUUGCAAGGCCGGCUAUGAGCCAAAUGAUGUUAAUAACACUUGUACAGAGUGUUCGGCUGGGACAUUUAGAUCCGCAGAAGUACGUAAAUGUGUGUCAUGCCCCCCCAAUUCAAAUAGCUCCAAAACAGGAUCACCGAUGUGCAAGUGCAUGCCAGGUUUCUAUAGGCAUCCUGCAGACGGAAGACAUAUGCCUUGUUAUAGGCCGCCUGGAGCACCCAUGAAUCUCACCCUUUUAUUUGUUGACCAAACAAGCGCAAUAAUAUCAUGGACAGCUCCCGCAAAAGAAGAUGCGCUUUUAAUAAAUGGAGUAGAAAAAUAUCGCACUGAUGUCGUAUAUAAAAUACGUUGCAGUAUGUGCAACGCGAAUGUUAUGUUCAAUCCAUCAACGGACACGUUUAAUGAGACAAAAAUAACACUCACUAAUCUUGAUCCGGUUACCACUUAUACAGUACAAAUUCAUGCGACAAAUGGCGUCUCGCAUCUCGUAGAGAACGGAGCUUUUGCCAACGAAACGUAUUUGAACAGCGAAACGCCGUUUGGUAUUAAUUCUAGUUUUUCUAACAGCAACACCUAUCAACUAGAUCUUAGCGAAAUCAAAACAAAUUAUGCCGAAAUUGUAUUUACUACGGAGUCAGUUAUGCUAUCAACUGUGUUCAAUUUAAGAGUAGUAGCUAUUACUAACAAAGACGCCGACCUAAUUUGGGAUAAGCCCGGUCAAAGUGAUGCUCCCGUGGAACUAUAUGAAGUGCGCUGGUUUCCCAAGUCCGAAUUGGAAGCUAUUAAUAAAACAACAUUAAGCACAAAGGAAACAAAAGCUCGAAUCGAUAAUCUGAUGGAAAAUACUGAAUACGGAUUUCAAGUGCGUUGCAAAACAAUCAAUGGAUUUGGGUCUUACAGCAAUAUGGUCUAUGCCCAGACCCAUCAAUCUGUCGGUUCAGUUUAUGAGGAUUCAAUGCAAAUACGAUUUAUUGCUGGAGCCAUUGUGACGGGCGUUUUCUUCCUGGUGAUUUUUAUCGUUGCAACUGUAUACUUCAUGAGAUCGAAACAUCAAGACGAGCUCGAUAAAAAGUCCACGAAUCAUCUGCCAUUACCAAUGGAUUACGCUAGUAAUGAAGUAAAUGCCAUGGAUACAACUCCAAUUGUCAAGACUCUACAUUCAAAUGUGACGACCCCCUUAUUUGGGAGCAGCCGGAGCUACGUGGAUCCUCACACCUAUGAGGAUCCCAACCAGGCAAUAAGGGAAUUUGCUCGUGAAAUUGAUGCAAAUUAUAUUACAAUUGAAGCAAUAAUUGGUGGCGGAGAAUUCGGUGAUGUGUGUCGCGGUCGGCUCAAAAUUCCACCAAACUUCGUCCAGGACAUUGACGUGGCAAUCAAGACAUUGAAACCGGGGUCUUCGGAGAAAGCUCGAUGUGAUUUCCUAACGGAGGCCUCGAUAAUGGGACAGUUCGAUCAUCCCAACGUUAUUUACCUUCAAGGUGUGGUUACGCGCUCCAACCCAGUCAUGAUUAUAACCGAAUAUAUGGAAAACGGCAGCCUGGAUACAUUUUUGCGCGUCAACGAUGGAAAAUUUCAAACGCUACAGCUUAUUGUGAUGCUGCGUGGCAUUGCCAGCGGAAUGUCAUAUCUGAGCGAUAUGAAUUAUGUUCACCGCGAUUUGGCGGCUCGAAACGUGCUAGUCAAUGCCCAAUUGAUUUGCAAAAUUGCCGAUUUUGGUCUGUCGCGCGAAAUCGAAAAUGCCAGUGACGCCUAUACGACUCGGGGUGGCAAAAUUCCAGUACGCUGGACAGCGCCGGAAGCAAUAGCUUUUCGAAAAUUUACCUCAGCAUCGGACGUUUGGUCUUAUGGUGUUGUCUUAUGGGAGGUUAUGUCAUAUGGAGAGCGUCCUUAUUGGAACUGGUCAAAUCAGGAUGUUAUAAAGAGUAUUGAGAAGGGCUAUCGGUUGCCAGCCCCGAUGGAUUGCCCCGAGGCUCUGUAUCAGCUGAUGUUGGAUUGCUGGCAGAAGCAGAGGACACAUCGGCCAUCAUUUGCCAGUAUUGUCUCGACACUGGAUAAUUUGGCCAGGCAGCCGCAAUCUCUGUUAACGACCCGAAAUUCACCAGAAAAUGAUAGUUCACAUAUUUUGGAUACCCAACGAGGUCAUAACAUUUUCAUUAGUACUGAUCUAUGGCUAGAAAAUAUUAAAAUGUCAAGAUACAGUCAACACUUUAGAGAGGCUAAUUUAGUGAGUGCUCAACAGAUCUCAAGAUUAACAGCUCAACUGCUAUCGGAUAUGGGUAUAACUUUGGUAGGACAUCAAAAGAAGAUUUUACACCAAGCGCGGCAGCUGGAUACAAUAAUUUAAGCAGUUUAUUUUUUAAGAUAUGUCCAUAAGUUAAUGUAUAAAUUGCGUUUAUGCUAUGUUGCGAAAUCAACGACCAAGUCGAAAUAAACGAAUCGACUUGGCUGAAAACGAUAUAAAGUAGCUUAUUACAAAGAAGUAAAAUAGUAAUGUUUAUGCUCGCAUUUAACACUCGGUUUGAGAAAACGCAAUUUUCAAAAAAAACAGAGCAUAGCAUGAGCGCAGCAAUUUCAUACCAACAACCCAUAAAGUUGUUUUACACACAAACGUGAACGAGACACAAGAAAAUACAAUUUACAUAAUAUAAGGUACAUUUUGUAGUUUACUAAAAUGUAAGUACAUAUAUAUAUAUAAAUAUAAACACAAGGAUAGACAUGCAGGCCUGCUAAAGCAAUUUUAUACUUAUUUAUAUUUUAUAUAUGUAAGUGAGAAUAUCAGGUUAGCUUCCGUUUUCACUUGUAAUUAAUAUUCUCAAGAAUUCGUGGUUUACUUGCGCUUUUGCAAACAUUUACUUUAUUAUUAUUAUUUUGUAUAUGUGUAUGGGUAUAUGUAUAUGCAAGGUUCUGACAAAAUUACAAAAAUCGAAGUAUAAAUAAUCUAGUAAUUUACAAAAUGUGUUAAAUAUAUAUAAACUGAAGAAAUAUACAUACAAAUAGAAAUAUACAAACAAACAGACAGAUGCAUAUGCCUUUUAAAACUUGAGGCUGAAAUCAAUUUGAUUCGUUUAAGCAUUAACAAUUGUAUACAUUGAGCAUAUACACACAUGUAUAUACAUAUAUAUACAACUUAUCGAAUAAUUUUGCACACAUAUUUUAUAACCGACAAAUGUUUUAUUAUAUACAUCACGUACGAGUACAUAAUUAAUUUUAAAUAAUAUCUCUUGGUCCCAGAGUGGAAAACUGCCCUAUAUAUAACAUUAUAUACCUAGGUACUUAUAUUAAAUAGCGAAAGCAUUGCAUUUAUCGUAGGUUGAUUAUAUCUUGAAAUUUGGACUUUAACAAGUAUUAUUUAUACAUUGCAUACCCAUGUAAUUUAUUUGUAGCACCAUUCAUUUUAUAUAGUUCACAAAACUUGAACCGAAAAUCCAAUAAAACGAACACUAAAGAUCAA